GAACUAGCGGGCCUGCCAUAUGGACUUCAACAAUGUCCGCUUUCAUGCUCACUCACCUCUGUAAUUUGGUGGCUACUGGCUUGAAGACAUCGAAGGGCUUUAAGAAGGUCCAUCUCAAUGCUUGUGCUAGGGCUAUCAAUGAGAAGUUCAACACUAUGUGCACGGGUGAGCAAGUCAAGAACCAUUUGAAAACAUGGCAGAAAAGGUUUGCAAAGAUAACUAGACUUAAGAAGUUGAGUGCUGCACUAUUUGAUGAAGAUAAUUGCAUGAUUACUCUUGACGCUGAGCACUACAAUAACCAUAUUCAGGAUCAUAAGGCUGAUGCUGAGUUCUUUAACAAGCCCCUCCUGCACUAUAGAGAGAUGGAAACAAUAUUUGGAAAUAGCAUGGCCACAAGAAACUUUGCAAAGGACUCAAGUGCACCCCUAGGAAGAGACGAUAAUGAUGCUGACAGCCAAGAGGCGGAGGAUACUGGAUAUGAUGCAAGUGAAUGUACUACUCAAGGGGCAACAUCUACUGCUAGCAGACCUAGCAAGAGGGCAAAGUUAGCUGAAAUCAAAGAGGAGGGGAUGAUUGGUGUUGUCAAAAGUGUAGGUAAAGACCUUGCAAAUGCUAUACAAAUGGUUGCUCAUCCGGAUGACCUGCCACCAGACCUAUUUCCAAUGUUGCAGAGCAUGCCUGGUUUCAAUUCAGCCCACAUAUCUUAUUACUUCCAUUAUUUGGUUGCGAACCCUAGCAUUGGUAGAGUUUCUACACCCUGCCAUGGGAGAACAAGUUAG